GUAAAGCUCCCCGUCGUCUCUUGCUCCUUGGUCUUCAUUUUUCAACCAAACACACCCAUUACUUUUUUAUUUUUAUUUUUUCGUCUUAUCCCUCUUCACUCGACUUUAUCGUUUCAAUCUUGAAAGACACAGUCGGGCACAGUCCAUCCACCGAUCUUCAAAUGACAAAGAGAACGUACUCUGAUCGCCGGCCGUAUGAAACGCGGCCUGUGUCGCUAAAACGAUUUGUCAAGAGCCAAGAGGCUCUAGACAAUCUCUCUCGGUAUGAAGAAGUCAGUCGUCAAUUUGCACAAGAGUUCCCGCAAAUAGCUUGGAGUCUUGGGCAGCACUCCUGGAUACCAUGUUUUCUCUCACCGAAUACAGGACGACAAGAAAACAGGACGACUGCCCCAGCAGAUGUUACAAUCGCUGCGGACUCCAAGGUAGCCAGUCCCAGCGGGGGGCUGGCUUACGAUUCCGAGGUCGCGGCUACAGCAGAUUAUGACAUUUCGAUGUACAUUGACGACAAUUGCUUUGACGACCUCACUUUUACACCGACCUCAGCGUCAUCGUCACCGACUGAGCAACCAGGCCACCCAGACUCUUUUACUCCUCCCGAAUCUGAUACCGAUUUCUACCCGACAUGCGACCUCAAAACAUUAACUUCACAGCUCCUCCAGUAUAAUGAAGUCCAAGAAUCGAAAUACAACCGCUCGUUGCAGAAUUGGAAUGCGGAGCAGAGGGGGGAGCAGCGGAAAAGGCUAUGCACAACGAUUUCCAAAUCUCUCGCCGCGCCGCCAGUCGAGCCAAUGGGGUCUGAUAAUCUUGACAACGAAGCUCUAGCCGAUGCCUCCCAGGUAGAUAAAGAUAGGAUGAAUCAGAUUAUGAUUGACUUGAAUCAACUGGGGAGUCGGUUACGAGGGGAUGCGAGGCGGCAGCUGGAUGCUAUUAUUGGUGAAAUGUGUUUGUGAACCCUGAGCACCUUGCUGUGUCUUUUAUUUCAAUGUUCUCUUGGUCUCUCUCUCUCUCUCUUUUUUUUUUUUUGGGUGUGUUUUGUUGCUAUUUCAAUGCUGGAGUUGGGUACG